AUGCGUUGUAGUGUUCGGGGAAAGACCGUGCUUGUCACCGGUGCGUCUGCGGGUAUCGGUCUUGAGGCAGCGCGGGCAUUUGCCGACGAGACAGCGGGCGACGUCAGGCUGGUUCUGGCGGCCAGACGAAUCGACAGACUCGAGAAAACGAAAACAAGCCUCGAGGAGCUGUAUCCGGCGAUAAAGGUGUUUGUCGCGCAGCUGGACAUCCAGAAACCGGAUCUCGUGCGACAGUUUGUGCUGUCGUUGCCGCAGGAGUUUUCUGAGAUCGACAUUCUGGUGAACAACGCCGGUGUCGCUCUGGGAAGAGACCCCGUAGGGACGGGCGAUCCGGGCGCUGUGCAGACGAUGCUGGACACCAACGUGCUGGGUCUGAUCACGCUGACGCAGGAGAUUGUUCCUGGCAUGCGCAGGCGGAACCGCGGCGACAUUGUCAACGUUGGCUCGAUCGCCGGACGGACGCCGUACCCCGGCGGCGCGGUCUACUGUGCUACCAAGGCCGCGGUGAAGUACUUCACGCGGAGUCUGAGAAAAGAGCUGCUGGACACGAGAAUACGAGUUAUGGAGGUUGUUCCGGGCGCAGUGGACACAGAACUGCGUUAUGUGAGACACGGAGGAGUGCGGUCGGAGCUGGAAGAUAAGUUCAUGGGCGAGAACCCGCUGGCAGCGGUGGAAAUUGCAGACUUCAUUGUGUACGCCUGCACGAGACGCGAGAACACCGUUAUCGCAGAGGCCGUCAUUGUGCCCACGUAUCAGUCGCGCUAG